ACUGUUCAAAAUUGACAUUUCAUUAAAAUGAAAAUAUUUUAUCACUGUGGAGCGCAGGAUAUCAUAGUUUGUUUAUGAUGUGAUUUUUGUUGAAUUAAACUGAGCAUAAACGAGGAUGGGUAUCAUUCCAGCUAAAGUAGAUAAGCACAACAAAACCCAUUUUAAGCUUUUAACGCUCCUGUCGAUAUGUGCUUUCAUCAGUUUUUGCCUAGUCCUAAUUUUCAAACAAUUGAACUCGUCCAUAAAAAUCAAUCGAAUCACUUUGGACUUAUCUGACAUCCCCGAAACAAUACUGGUAGAAGAUGCUGAAUUGGCGAGAGCUCGGAAUGGAAAUUGUUCGUACUGGGAUUGCUUCAAUGUGUACAAGUGUGGACAGCGCGAUCAGGACCGGAUAGCGAUCUAUGUUUAUCCGCUGCAAAAUUAUGUCGAUACGAAGGGAACGCCCGCAUUUACUUUAACCAGAGAAUUCUAUUACAUUUUGAAGGCGAUCACAGACAGUUCGUAUUAUACCCCUAAUCCCAGUGAGGCGUGUAUUUUCGUGCCAACAAUCGACACACUGAAUCAAAAAUUAGUUCAACCAAAUUUAGUAGCUAAGGCACUGGCAUCGUUACAAUACUGGGACAAUGGAGAGAAUCAUUUGCUGUUCAACAUGGUACCGGGAACAUCGCCCGAAUAUAGCACCAUUAUGGACGUCAAUACGGACAGAGCUUUGAUUGCUGGUGCCGGAUUCGAUACCUGGACGUAUAGGUCCGGUUUUGAUCUGUCGAUUCCGUUUUACAGUUUAGCCUCGGAGAACGUUAAGUUUACACAAACUACUAACAAUAGGCCACAUUUCCUUAUAUCAUCACAAACAAACCUAAACGAUCGACAAAAGCGCACUUUACAAGACAUAGCGGAGACUAACAACAAUUUUUUAAUCCUACAAAAAUGUGCCACCAUCCAGAGCAAUCAAGCGUCCGAUUCGAAUGUUAUUGAAAAAGAUGUCCGUUGCAGUUAUCCCGACAGUGUUGCAUAUGAAUAUCCGCAGAUCUUGACUCAAGGCACAUUUUGCCUGAUUGCACGCACAACCCGUUUAGUUCAAACGAAUCUGUUGGAAUCUCUAGCAGCCGGUUGUAUACCCGUUACACUGGCCGAUAAUGUUGUGCUGCCAUUCAAUGAGAUAAUUGACUGGACACUGGCAUCGAUAUCGAUUCGUGAAUCAGAUUUGCACUCCAUUGUGACGGUUCUCAAGUCAGUUUCGAAAGAGAAAAUUGAAGAACUACAGAUUCAGGGACGAUGGCUGUACGAGAAAUACUUUUGCAACAUUAGGCAAAUUGUGCUGACAAUGCUGGAUGAAUUGAACGAUCGCGUCUUUCCGCAUCUAUCGAAAAACUACAUGAACUGGAACAUUCCAACAACAAUUAAAUCAACACAAAAUCCAUUAUACCUGCCGCUAACUGCAUCAAAAAGUCAGGGAUUCACGGCAGUUAUUUUGACUUAUGAUCGCAUUGAAAGUUUGUUCAUGUUGAUACAGAAGCUGUCCUUUGUACCGUCUCUUCAGAAAAUUCUUGUCAUCUGGAACAAUCAAAAGAAAGCUCCGCCACAUGCGACAAUGUUUCCAAAAAUCAAUAAACCACUGAAGGUUAUUCGCACCAAGGCCAAUAAAUUAUCGAACCGUUUCUAUCCGUACGAGGAAAUUGAAACCGAAGCAAUUUUGACCAUAGACGACGAUAUCGUCAUGUUAACCGCCGAUGAACUGGACUUUGGAUACGAAGUGUGGCGCGAAUUCCCUGAUCGAAUAGUUGGUUUCCCAAGUCGUACACAUGUUUGGGACAAUGUAACAAAUCGGUGGCGUUAUGAGUCGGAAUGGACAAAUGAAAUAUCGAUGGUCUUAACUGGAGCAGCUUUUCAUCAUAAAUAUUGGAGCUACAUGUACACAAACGCAAUGCCAGGGGACAUAAAGGAUUGGGUCGACGACCACAUGAAUUGCGAAGAUAUUGCGAUGAAUUUUCUGGUAGCCAACAUAACCAAUAAGCCGCCAAUCAAAGUAGCACCGAGAAAGAAAUUCAAGUGUCCCGAAUGUACCAACACGGAAAUGUUGUCGGCUGACCUAAAUCACAUGAUGGAACGAUCGGCGUGCAUUGAUCGAUUUGCUGGUAUUUACGGUACAAUGCCGUUAAAGACUGUCGAAUUCAGGGCCGAUCCUGUUUUGUAUAAAGACAAUUUCCCAGAUAAAUUGAAGCGAUUCAAUGAUAUCGGUAGCUUGUAGUCUUAAUUAAUUAAUUAAUCGAAAUAGCAUUCAAUGAUCCAUGUGGACUGUGUACGACAAGUGAGAUGUGUUUACUACAUGUACGUACACAGACAAACAUCUCGGAUUUUAUGCUUAAUCUUUUGAAUGUGUUAUUAGCUGACGCUGUGUGAAAUGCACUCAGGCCAGCAACCAAAGCAUAGGAAAUCGUGUGUAUAAGUAAAUCUAAAUUCUGAUUGCAACGUCAAACGUUGUAAAUAUUAUAUUCAUUAACGUAACUGACAAGAUACGUACAGCGCUGAAGAAAAGUUCCUAGCGACACUGAGCGAAUACUCUCAUCUAUAAACCGUAUGUGUAAAGGAUUUUCUGCAGGUCCUUUUCAGUAGUAACGGUUUCGAGCAAUAUUAUCUGACGAUAUUAACGGUGCCAUAAUGUAAUCCACAAAAGAUUUCAGUCUGCAAUUUUUCUCUGUGUACAGUGAUCAAUAAAUUUAUAAAAUGCGAGGCAUCUUUAAACGAAGCGCAAGC